AUGUACGGUUCCAGCAUGGCCCUCCGCUCUAUCCUUCGCACACCGCCGGCCCUCCGCCCACUCCUCCUACAGCAGCAGCAACGAUCCCUGUACCACUCCUACGAGCAUGCUUCGCCUCCGCCAUACCGCGAACCCGAAGCACAGAUCCUAGCCUCCGCUCUGGAUCAUGUCCCUGUUCACGGCUUUACCGCUGAUGCCCUUACACUCGGUGUCCGCUCCGCUGGAUAUCCCGACAUCUCCACGUCCGCGCUCUUCCCCAAAGGUGCCUUCUCCAUUGUGCUCUACCAUCUCGUCACCCAACGCCUGGCCCUUAAAGAUCGUGUACAGUUCCCUGCCGACCAGGGCGUUGGACGUAAGGUUCGUGCCUUGACACUUGCUCGUCUGCGUGCAAAUGCCGAGCCCAACAUUCUUCCCCACUGGCAGCAAGGGCUUGGUCUGAUGAGCUUGGCGGAGAACAUCCCCACUUCACUGAAAGAGCUGGCGAAGUUGAGCGAUGAGAUCUGGUUCCUGGCAGGAGAUACCAGUGUCGAUUCGAGUUGGUACACCAAGCGUGCGAGCUUGAGUGCGGUGUAUGCAGCGGCCGAGAUAUUCCAGACGACAGACCAGAGCACCGAGUUUCGGGACACGGAGGCAUUCUUGGAUCGAAGGCUCGAUGAGGUGCGGACGUUGGGCGGUGCCGUGGGAAAUACGCUCGAGUGGGCGGCGUUCCAGGGCGCGGGAUUCGUGCACUUGGCGAGGAGCAAGGGCGUGAGGAUAUGA